AUAUUAAAUAUUCUUCACUAGUAUCUCACACCGAUUCCUAAAGGUCGUAAUUGUGAGACAGCAGCCCCACGUUUAUCUUCGUAACCAUUUUAUCAACCUUUUAACAUGCGUGAAUGCCUCAGUAUCCAUGUUGGCCAAGCUGGGGUUCAGAUGGGCAAUGCAUGCUGGGAACUGUACUGUCUUGAGCAUGGUAUCCAGCCCGAUGGGCAGAUGCCUAGUGACAAGACUAUUGGUGGGGGUGAUGACUCCUUUAACACAUUCUUCUCUGAGACUGGAGCUGGAAAACACGUUCCUCGAGCUGUGUUUGUAGAUCUAGAACCAACAGUUGUCGACGAAGUGAGAACUGGCACGUACCGACAACUGUUCCAUCCUGAGCAGCUUAUCACUGGUAAGGAAGAUGCUGCUAAUAACUACGCCAGAGGUCACUACACUAUCGGAAAGGAACUCAUCGACCUUGUGCUGGACAGAAUUCGGAGGUUAGCCGAUAUGUGUACUGGCCUGCAAGGUUUUCUUAUUUUUCACAGCUUCGGUGGUGGGACUGGAUCCGGUUUUACCUCUCUGCUAACGGAGAGACUCUCCGUGGACUACGGCAAGAAAUCUAAGCUAGAGUUUGCGAUUUACCCUGCCCCCCAAGGUUCCACAACAGCUGUCGAAACCUAGAAAUCCGUUUUAUAAUAUUAAAUAC